UGCUCCCGCCGGCAAGAUGGCGGCUGCAGGGGUUCUGCUGCGGGGCCUGUGCCGCCUGUGUCGCGUGCUGCUGUUCCUCUCGCAGUUCUACAUCCUCUCGGGCGGCGGGUCCUUCAGUGUAGAGCCUUCGCAGCCGCUGGCUCAGUCCGACAAGGAUCCGGGCCCCACACGUACGUUCACAGUAGUGCCCAGGGCAGCAGAAAGCACCGAUAUCCCACCUUAUAUGAUGAAGUGUCCGAGCAAUGGUUUGUGUAGCAGACUUCCCGCAGACUGUAUAGAGUGCAAGACCAAUUUCUCCUGUGUCUAUGGGAAGCCUGUCACUUUUGACUGCACAGUCAAACCUUCUGUUACCUGUGUUGAUCAAGACUUCAAAUCCCGAAAGAGCUUUGUCCUCAACAUGACUUGCAGGUUCUGCUGGCAGCUUCCAGAAACCGACUACGAGUGCUCCAGCUCCACCAGCUGCAUGGCGGUGUCCUGCCCGCGGCAGCGCUACACGGCCAACUGCACCGUGCGGGACCAUGUCCACUGCCUCGGUAACCGUACUUUUCCGAAAAUGCUGUACUGCAACUGGACUGGCGGUUAUAAGUGGUCUACUGCUCUGGCUCUGAGCAUCACCCUUGGUGGGUUUGGAGCGGACCGCUUCUACCUGGGCCAGUGGCGAGAAGGCCUCGGCAAGCUCUUCAGCUUCGGGGGCCUGGGAAUAUGGACGCUGCUCGACGUCCUGCUCAUUGGAGUCGGCUACGUGGGACCAGCGGAUGGCUCUUUGUACAUUUAGCUGCAGUUGCGCGCUUCAGAGAGGAGCAGUGCUUAGAAAACGGCCUCUUCCCUGUAGGAGUCCAUGUGCCGUGAAUGGUGUAUGUGUAUGUUUUUAAUGUACAGCAUCUGUACUCUGCCUGCCUUGAUGAAGGUAAAAUAAAAAACACUGAACUAUGUUUAUCUGGAAUUCGUUUUUAUUUGCCUGAAGCCUAUUUUUUUUUUCUGUGAAAAAAUUUAAACUUACUUAAACUAGAAGAGCAACCUGUGCAGCGACUGAAAAUCUGUUCAAUUCGUAGACUUGAGUUUUAUAUUGCUUACCUCAAACUGUGUCACAUGUAUCUCCAGCCUGAGUGUCAUCUGCCGUAAAAAGCUUUUCAGCUAUAAUUGCAGGAAGUGGGAAGUGUUACUCUUUAUUAUUCUUUAGCUAAAUAAAAUUAUCUACCUGAAUUUCAGUCAUCUCUGAGUUUUGCAGUGUAAUGUCUAUGUAGUCUGGUCUUCAUAUAUGACUGUUUGAAGUAAACUGCAGAAAUUUUGUGUCUGGUUCCUGUGAUUGGAAUUUUGUUAGUAAUAUAAAAUGUUGCAAGAGUACUGGAAAAUUAAUAAAACUACAAGUUACUUUAAAAA